CCACAAUUCCCCCAGAAAGAGUCUGAGCCCUCCGGAAGACUGCGUUCCUAGUCCCCAUGUGUUAAGUUGAUACUAUUCCCAUAGGCACGUUUUUCCCCCUUCCCCACUCCAGUUCCACCAGUCGUGAAUGAGGAUAUUGUAGGGGUUCCAUUCUCGCCCAGAGUUUGGUUUCUUUGCCGUUCCAUACGAAGCGUCACUGCAUCAUUCCUUCCCUUUUCAUUCACCCCUCUCUUGUCCUCCAUCGUCAAAUGUUCUUGUAGUACAUAUACCCCUCGUUACCCCUCUUUCUGUUUCCCAAGAAAUCACCAUCGUCAACAACAAUAACAACAACUUUCCUACUUCACAAGGAUCUCUUUCUGAUACCCCCCCAUCCUCCUUUCUCUCUCAUCUACCACUACCACUACUACUACUUUCAUCUACUCUCUCUAUCCUACUUCCAUCAUCAUCAUCACCACCACCACCACCACAGCAACAACAACCCUCUUUCCACUUUCAUUAUGGGUAAAAAGGCAAUCCAGUUUGGUGGUGGAAACAUUGGCCGUGGCUUUGUGGCUGAGUUCCUCCACGCUGCCGACUAUGAAGUCGUCUUCAUUGAUGUCAUGGAUAGCGUCAUCAACUCUUUGCAGCAGACCCCGUCGUACGAUGUCACGGAGGUCAGCGAAGAGGGUGAAAGCACCAAGACUAUCACCAACUAUCGCGCUAUCAACUCUAAGACGCAUGAGGCCGACGUCGUUCAGGAGAUCGCAUCGGCUGAUGUGGUUACCUGUGCUGUCGGUCCCAACAUCCUCAAGUUCAUCGCGCCAGUCAUUGCCAAGGGUAUUGAUGCGCGCACCGAAAAGAAGCCCGUGGCUGUGAUCGCCUGUGAGAACGCUAUCGGUGCUACAGAUACCUUGCACGGCUACAUCAAGCAGCACACUAACCCUGACCGUCUGGAGACUCUCUCCGAGCGUGCCCGCUUUGCCAACUCGGCUAUCGACCGCAUCGUCCCCAACCAGCCCCCGAACAGUGGUCUCAAUGUUCGCAUCGAGAAGUUCUACGAGUGGGCCGUGGAAAAGACUCCUUUUGGCGAAUGGGGUCAUCCCGACAUUCCUGCCAUCCACUGGGUGGACCACCUCGAACCUUACAUCGAACGCAAGCUCUUCACCGUCAACACUGGUCAUGCUACCACGGCCUACUAUGCUCACAAGCUUGGCAAGAAGAUGAUCGCUGAGGCCCUCGAAGACCCAGAGAUUCGCGAGACUGUGCACAAGGUGCUUGAGGAGACUGCUUCUCUAAUUGUAUCCAAGCAUGAAAUCUCAGAGCAGGAACAGAAGGAAUACGUUGACAAGAUCGUCAGCCGUAUCUCCAACCCCUAUCUCGAAGACAACGUUGAGCGUGUGGGACGUGCUCCUCUCCGCAAACUGUCUCGCAAGGAACGAUUCAUUGGACCUGCUUCGCAGCUCGCAGAGCGCGGCCAGAAGUUCGAUGCUCUGCUGGGCGCCAUCGAGAUGGCUCUUCGCUUCCAGAACGUCCCAGGCGACGAGGAGAGUUCCGAGCUUGCUCGCAUUCUGAAGGAGAACUCGGCCGAGGACGCCACCUCCCAGCUCACCGGAUUGGAGAAGGACCACCCACUCUUUUCUCAUGUGGUAGAGCGUGUGUCCACGGUCCAACAAGGUGCCAAAUAAGCGAUGUGAUGCCCGCUCGUUUUACACACCACUAUACACCUUUUUUAUUACCAGAAAACGAAGGGUCCCGAGUCCAUCACAUAUAUGGAUCGCCCGAGGGAUAUUUGAUAUGAUAUCAAACUGUUCUGUCCGCUGGCCGGGCAUGAGCUGCAUGGGAUACGGCGAACAUAUGGACGGCGCGAAUGGAAGCAUUCAAUGGGAUCUCGGAUUAGCAUACAUGAUGAUUUGUAUUGACUUAGUGCAGCGCAUAAGAGUCUAAUGAAAUUAAUGAUUAUGAGAUUA